UCUAAUGCAAUGUUAUUUUGUUUGCUUUCUAGUGCUACUUUUUUACUAUUGAGUUUGGUCUUUGCAAACAAGAUGGACAGUUACGUGUAUAUGGUGCAGGACUGCUAUCUUCCAUUGGGGAACUCAAACAUGCCUUGUCUGACAAAGCUACUGUGAAAACGUUUGAUCCAAAGACAACUUGCUUGCAAGAAUGUCUUAUCACUACCUUUCAGGAUUUGUACUUUGUGUCAGAAAGCUUUGAUGAAGCCAAGGAAAAGAUGAGAGAGUUUGCCAAGUCAAUCAACCGUCCCUUCUCAGUUUACUUCAAUCCUUAUACUCAGAGUGUGGAAAUCCUUAAGGACACCAGGAGCAUUGAAAAUGUUGUCCAAGACCUGCGUAGUGACCUCAACACAGUGUGUGAUGCUUUAACGAAAAUGAAUAAAUAUUUGGGCAUAUGA